CUUCGCAGAACGGAGCCGUUGAACUGAUGCGCCAUCAAACAGAACUCGCGUGCGACUCGGGUGCCAACACUGCCAUCACUGUGAUAGGUCAGUUCAGGUUAAGCGUGAGCUGAAAACGCUGCAAGUUUGAUGCAUGCAAGAGAAGGAGGAUGGCAUUAGCUCUGAGCCAGGCUCAGCCUCAGGGCAGUGGCGCUUUCUUGUGCUAGCAGGCGGAGUUUCAGCUAGGGUCUGCGAUUGAUAGGCAAUUGAUAUCCAUGAGGGAUGCCUAGUGUGAUCAGCUGCAGCGGAGUAUCCAGAUUGCUGUGGAGUAGGGGCACCAAAGCUGUUCAUUGAAUUGUGUCAUCAUGGCAAGAGGCCGGCCUCAUGGUCGGUCCAAGUCUGAUCAUAGGAUUUGUCAGGCUGCUCGAUACGAGCGCGCUGCUGAGUAUAGGGAGAGGAUAAGCAUCAGCGCUGAGAAGCAGGAGGCGUGCAUCGCUGCCAUGAACGCUGGUUGCGAUGUUCAAGAUGCCCCUCGUAGGCGACGGGGCCAGAAGAGUAGGGUUCUGAAGAAUGAGGCAUGGGCUGCUCGUGGGUCAGCUCGGAGCCGUUCUUGCAAAGCGCCCGGAAGUGCAACGAAGAGAGCAAAGCAGCCCCUUGCGAAAUUGCUCGGCAAAGCUUUGGGAACAGACCCACAUACUCUUCAUUGUCGUGAGUGCGGCGCCACCGCGGCGUUUGGGCUCCGAGGAAGCAAGGAUGGGGGAGAUCUCAAGUACUUUUGCGCAGAGCAUCUCAAUUCCAAUGGCUGUUUCCGCGUGGACAAAGACCGCGCAGCAUGGGCACAGAACCGGGCUGAACAUUGGGGCUUGAAAGCAGAGGUCGCCCGGCUCGAAGAGGAGCUGCGGCAAUUGGGAAAAGCCUCACCUGCUGUAGAACAGACUGAAGAGUCAAUUGAGCGCCCACCGCUGCCGACGGCUUGGAACCAGUCUUGGCAAGAUGCGGUGCACUGGGAUCUGACGCCGAAGAGCAGUUCCCUCAUAGCGAAGCUCCUGAUGAUUGGUGGUGUCGAGAAGAAUCCCGGGCCUGCACCUGUGCCUGACGCUGCAGUCAGCAAGGACAAGGGAGACCCUGCUGACAAGGGCGAGACCAUGCCAAGACGAGACGCCAGCUCCGGUGGGCCACUCAUCGCGGUGCCCCGUUGGGAGGAGGUUCACAAUACCAGCGCGCGGUCAUUGGAAGUCCAGCGAGUAUCCUUGUUCGAACAGUGGAGGACGGAGAGACGGCUGAGCGAGCAGAUCUCGAGCGCGAAAGAGGGAUGGCAAGGGGCGGACGGAGCGGCGGGAGCGGAAUGGGCGGAAGGGGCGGAAGGGGCGGACAACCCGGCUGCGGCGGACGAGAGCGUCCAAGAUGCGAUUUCCAGGGGCAGGAGGAUUCGUGAGCAGAGCGACCUGCCCCGUGAGCCCGAGGAACAGAUUGGCAGCCCGUUCGCAAGUGCGACCAGUCUAGAUCUCGACCACUCUGGCAUGUCCGAGGAUGUGCCCUUUGGGCAGCCGCUCUCCGAAAUUGAGAGCGGCCCUGCAACGGGCCUCGAAGCAGCCGAAAAGCUCCAGGCUCCGGCGUCACUUGAAGGCCGCGCUGGCGAGUCGGGGAGGGUCGUGGGCCUGAAAAGGUCUUCCGUCUGGAGGAGCCCUCGGGUCAGCGCCAACUCUCGUGCGAGGGGCUCCGCGGCUGAAGUUCCGAGCUUGGCAGCAUCGGGACUUCUCCGCCUCGAUGGGUCGAGCGAGACACUAGGGGCCGUCGUCGCUUCGACGGAGGCUGCUGACCAGACUCCCAUGCUAGAUGACCCGUCAUCGAACACGGAGUCGUUGCCGGCUGCCCCUAUGGAUCCGGACGAUGCCUCUGUCUCAAUCGGGGACACCUCCGACGAGUCAGAGUCAGAGGAAGAGCCAACUUCUGAGGACGACCGCGGCAUCGAUGACUCUCUUCAGCCGAGCGCCGACGAUGUCAACCUUUAUCAGGCCAUGGAGCAGGAGCAGCAGCAGGCUAGGGACGCGCCGGAGUCAUUGGACGCAGCGUUUGCGGGCAUGCGAAUGGAAGCAGAGCAGAGGCGCCAGCGCGAAGAGGGGGCGGACGGUGGGUCAUCGAUGGUGCUCUCCCAGGACCUUGUUGCUGUGCCCGAGCCAGCGGUGCACUCGGACACUCUGAGCGGGAACGAGGUUUUCAGAAAGGACGAGUUCCGCGUGAUGCGGGUUCAUAGCUACGGCACCAAUUGCUUCCACCAGACCGGAAAGAACCCAAGGGGCCGCUUCCCCGGCCCCAAGUUCUUCAUGCAGCAAGAGGCUGCGCUCCUCAACCACGGGGUGCAAGUGGCGCUCCACAAGUGGUCGGGCAAGCGAACACCGGCAGGGGUUCCUAUUGGGUGGCGAAGCUUCGCCUCGUAUCCCGACUGGGAGACGGCCCAAAGACACCUCCGAGCGGCCCAUCAUGGGUCGGUCAACGAGAUUAUCCAGCACGGGAAGCCGUGCAAGCCGUACCUCGACCUUGACGGAAAGGAUGGGCUCCCCUUUAGGCCCGAUAUGAGGCAAACAGACGUGGCGGGGGCGGAAACUGAGGGGCAGCAAAGGAACCCGGAAGUUCCGGGUGGGGUGAGUGGUGAGAGUGGGGCGGAAGUGGGGGCACAGCCGGGGGGUGAGGGGGCCGGAGAGCGUUAUACGGCGGCAGAGGUGAUCGAGAUAGUCGAAGAGUGGUCUGAGAUUGUCUUUGGAGAGUGCUACAACGUUCAGCUCAAGCGACCGAGCAGCUUUGUCUGGAUGGAGAGUGGGGGCCAGUCGAAGUUCAGCUUGCAUCUGACAAUCAACCACCUUGAUCCCCGCCAGCUCAUUUUUGGGGCCAAUUCGGAGGGCGCUCUACACUUUGCGACGCGCCUCAAGAAACGGCUGCAACCCUGGCACCCAAGAGUUGCCUCGCUCAUCGACUUGAACGUGUACACGAAGGACAGGGAAUGGCGCACCCCCGGUAGCGCCAAGAUUGAGAAGCCGGAGAGCGUGCUCACCUUCGUGAACCCCGCGCACACUUGGAAAGACGCUCUGAUUACGUGGCUGGAACCUCCGGAGGCCCAUGAGGAGAUUAAGCUGCCUUUCCAGCUUCCCAGUCGACUCCACGAAAGGUUCAAAAAUCCUCGAAUAAUGUCCGAAAGGGGAACAGAGCGGAGCUCAGGAAACGACGAUUUUGUCAAAGCCCGCAUGCUGGUGUUGCUGAAGGAGCGGCUGCACCCGACUGCCUACGAGGAGGGCCCCCGGUUCAACUACACUGAUCGAUCCGAGCCUUGCUACACCGGCCGGGUCCAUGAGAACCACCAGAAUCUGACGUGUCAUUUGAACCCAAACGGCAAGAUCUAUGCCCUCUGCUUUAGCACAAAUGUCGGGGAUUCGGAAGCCCCCUGUGUCAGCACGGCCUUCUGCCUCGGGGAGCUGUUUGAGGACAACAUCACCUACGAGUCUGGUGCCGUCAGCGUUGACAUGCAGUAUCUGCAGCGGGAUCCUGAGGCGUCGAACCGCGAGCUUCUGGCUGCCGUGGCUCAGGGGGAGAGGGUGGCGACGGAUGCGCUGAAACUGAACACAGUGCUGAACGAGUGGCUCGCAGGAGAUUUUCCCGGCUCAGCCAAGGAUCUGAAGAAGCGCUUCCCUGAGACUGCGAACUACCUGGAUCUCAAAGCCGACUAUAAGGACGAGUGGUUCCCUGAUCCUAACUGUCGCACCAACCUCUUAACGGCACUCCAGAACCGGGACAAGUUCCCCCAGAUUGUCGUUCAGGUGGAUAGCCUCCUCAACCUACGUCCUCAUGGCAUUGGCGAGGUCGCCCCCUUCGACCUCGUCAUUCUCGAUGAGGUGGCCAGCAUUCUGGCGCACCUGUCUUCCGCAACCUUGCGAAGCGGCCUGCAGACCGGGGAGCUCUUUUGCGAAAUCGUGAAGAACGCCAAGCGCGUCCUGGCGAUGGAUGAUGGGUACGGCCAGCGGGAGCACGAAUUCUUCCAGCUGGCGGGGGUGCCGGGGAAGCUCGUCAUCAACUGGAGGCGGGCAGCGGUGCCGUUGACGUUCCGCGUCUGCCAGGAGGAAGCGCGCUGGCUGGACCGCAUCGUUGCUGAUUUGUCGGCCAAUAGAAACGUCGUCGUCGUCAGCAUGUCAGCCCGGGUGUUGGACAGGAUCCGCGACCGUGUCACUUCGCACGAAGCUGGGCUCGGGCUAGCGGACGACGACAUCCUCGUCCACAGGGCAAUGAGCGGUGGUGAAAACGCAGCUCUUCUCGAGAACGUCAGUGUCAACUGGAGGGUCCGACUGCUGAUGUACAGCCCUUCGGUUGAGGCGGGCGUGAAUUUCGAUGAGGACUGGUUUUACAGCAAGUACCUCUACAUGUGCAAGAAGAGCACGACCGCGCGGGCUGUCUGGCAGGCGUCCCUGAGGGUCCGGCGCACGGAGAGCGCCCUCGUGUACUGCUUUGUGCAGCAAGGCAUCUCUAUCCGGCUUGACUGCGCGCAGGAGAUUCCUGCCGAUCACUUGCAGAGGACGUCUUCGUUGCCGCCAGGUCCGGAUGAUGAAGCUGGCGAGGGGGGUACCUCUGAGGUACGCCUCGAUCAGCAAGUCGCCGUUGAGUCGCCUCUAGAGGCCUCCCAGGACUUAUCGCCCCCGGCUGAGACUGGAUCCGCGGACCAACAGAUUCCGUCCAAGAAAACGAAGCCCAAGGCGCGCCCCCCUGGUUUCUUUGUCCCACCGCGACGUGUGACGACCGCAGAGACACUUCAGUUCCUUCAAGCUUGCAAUGCCCAGGUGGCGGUCGCCUGGCGUCGCGUGUUGUCGCGAUCUGAGAACGGACCAGCGGCUGUCCGUUUGGUCGAAGAUGGGCCUCUUUUCCGCACGCUGGCGCACACCGAGGCCGAGCGGCGCAAUUCGGACGCCCGUUUGCUUCACGAGUUCCAGUUGCAGGUUGCAAAAGCUGGUCAUGUGGUGGAAGUGGAGCCGUACGAGGAGCCCGCUGAAAAGCGCAAGCGCAAAGGUCCGGGCCUCAGUGCAGAAGCGUACAGCGUCCUCGAAGCCAGGCUGCUGGGGUACGAGGAGUAUCAGAUUCUGAAGGAGCGCAGGGACGUCAAGCGGGACAGGGGGACGGAAUCGGUGGAGGUCAACAAGUACGAAGCUUGCGCAUUCUACGGGCUCAAGGAGCUUAGCGAAUCCUUCCUUCUACAGAAAGUGGUCGAUUACAAGACCCCCUUCUCUGAGCCCCUGCUGUUUCUGCUUAAAGUAUUGCUUCAUGGUCGAUUCCUCGACCCCGAAGCGGUUGGCCGUAAGGGUCAGGAGAUUGUGAGGGUCGAGAUCGCGCAAGAACUCAUCAAGGAUCUGGGCUUCAAGCACGCGUUCGAUAGGUCCUUUACCCCUUCGCUUUUAAAGGGAGGCUUGAUGAAGAAGCUGAUGGAGUCUCGGCUUUUCAAGGGACGGCAAGUAUACAGUGGGGGUAAGGCGUCUCUGGCAGAACAGUCUCCUGCGCAAAUGUUCCAGAUCGAACUGCCAAAGCCCGAGCCUGGGUGCGAUCAUCUGCUACCCGGACAGAUCAAAAAGGUGGUCGAUGCCGUGUUACGACAGAUGGGCCUCAGGCUGGACGGCGCGGUGGAGGUUUCUCGCGGUGCAAGGCGUGGGAAGGGGAAGAACUACGAGUCUAGCUCUGGGAAGAACGACUACAAGUAUAGGCUGCACGAAAAGAGUAUUCAGCGAAUGGCAAAGCUCGUAAAGCUGCAGUUUCGAGAGGUUCCCCGCGUCUGGCGCUGCCGGAUGGAUCUUCUUCCGGCAGUGCGCGAUUUUCUGGACGAGGUAGAUGCCAGCGAGUUUGACAAUCUGCUACGUAGGCCGUCUGGUCUUCCCAUGCUUGCUCACCUAGGCCCGCCAGAGGUUGACGGAGAGAUUGACUUUGGUUCGAGGUGCAUGAUAGUUCCGCGGCCCCGCAACGAUCGGUCCGCCUAAAGUGAGCACUCUGUAUACUGAAGACCUAGCUUUUGUGUGUAUAUGUUGACG